GAGGGCGGGAGGGGGGUAGGAGGGACGGUGAAGGAUGUCGAUGCGCCGCUGGUGGUCGGUUUCGGGGGUUGACUCGCGCCGCGGGGGCGAUGAGCAGCGCACUUCCCUCCGCCCUGGGAUUGACCUGCUGCCGUUACUUGCUACUGCUGACCUGCUGCCUCGUCGUCUUCCUGGCCACCAGCAUCAGCUGCGGCACCGCCCGAAGUCGGCCCGAGGAGCCGCGGGCUCGCCUGACCCGCUCGCUACCGGCAGGUGAUGACGUGCGCGGGUCCAGCUACGACGACGACGACAUCAACGACGAGCUCGACGACGACGUCUAUGACGACGAGGAGGAUUACGAAGAGGAGAACGUCACUGCGGCGAAGGGACAGUACCUUGGCUCGCCGUGCGAUGUCUCAUGCAAUCCGGAUCUACAGCACGUGUUCUGCGACGAGAUCACCGGCUUCUGUGAGUGCGAAAAAUUCUAUCCAGUCCGUCUUGGGCCUAGUAAAGGAUGUGCCAAACCUAAAAAAAUCGGCGAGCAAUGUUUCUAUCGGGCGACUUGCACUUUCACGGAUCAGCACGCGACCUGCACUCAGGUUCAGCACAAUGCCGUCUGCGACUGCGAGCAGGGUUACCACAGGGUGUCCCUGUCCAGGCCUAACAAGAAGGUGUUCUGCGCCGAAGAUCUGGUGCUGAUAACGACAAACAUUCCUACGCUGCUGUGCAUAGCAUCCGGAAUAGCGAUAUUCACGGCUAUGAUCUGUUUCGUACUGAAACUGUUCAGUCGUGCGAGAUACACAAGGCCGCGGCACUACGCCAACGCGAAUCACGCGCCGCCGAUGCUGUUCUCCAGCGACACGGGUAUCCCGCUGACGCUUCACGGUGGCCGUCCAUCGUCGCGUUCCAGCCAGAGGAGCAGCACGGGAGGGCCGUUGACCUACGCGUUCUCCAGGAGGCCAAGCAGCGGUGGUAGCCGCGGUCCUUUGGUACCGGCGUCAAGAGCAGGUGCGGCACGUGCCGCCGCCAUCUUGCUUAUAUCGUGUCACCUGCAGGCGACCAAAGGCGGGAACAAGCAUCGACGUACCCUUAGCGACGUUGCUGAGGGAUCGUCCGACGGCCUCGGUUCUCGGCGGCCUAGCUUAACGUCGGUUCACAGUUCGACGUCCUCGGCACGUAGUUACAGUGCGCGAAGACUUGAAAAGGAGAGAAAUGAAAAGGAGCAACGACAGGCGUUGCAAGAAUUGGCCAGGCAAAGGGAGCAACAGCAGCAGCAGCAGCAGGUCGCGCCUACGCCUAGUCCCAGGACCCCUCAUUCCAUGGACGAGCUGUUGCCCUCGGUGGAAGAGGGGAAAGAAGUCUUUUAUAACGAGCAGGUCCCGACGACUUCCGACAUGACCGAAGAAACCGCGGCGAAGGCCGGCACGAUUGUAAAGACGAACGUGGCAAUAUUCGACGAGAUGCCACCCGUCACGACCUCGACAACGUCCAUCUUCGAAACGAACAUCGCGCCGCGUGCUACCGGUGACAUUUUUCAAGUGUAGUUAAGGGGACUUAAAAUAUUGACUCAACCGUGACGCGAAAACCAGUGAGGCAUUCGGUAAAAGAGGACGCUUAGCAGCACAGUUCCGCGGCGUAAGAAAUGUGAAGCACCUAGUCAUUUGAGAAUGAACAUCGGAGUGUUUCGAUCGAAGAAAACUGUUGAUAGGAUAUAAUAAAAAAAAGAGUCGUUAAAAUUAUGCUUGAGCCACGCGCAAAGGCCUACGACUUAUUCGAUGAGAUUUGUUUUUACUAAACGAGUAUCGGCGACGCAAUUGAGCCAGCUUUGAAGAAAUGCAAAAUUCAUGAUCGUUCGGCUUUAAAAUAUCUAAUGUUCGUGAAUAUACCACGACGGAGGUGCUGAUAUAUGAAUGGGUACCUGAAGACGGGAAUGGAACGUGUACAUUUAAGUGAACGCCGAGCAUUGAAGUGUUGCAUAUUUAUUUACAGAUCCAGCAGUGAAUGUUCGAACGUUCUUUCUUGCCGAUUUUUCAAAAACGUAUAGUUUCAACAAAAGAUUUUUAUCAAAUAUCCGCCCUUCACCAAUGAAACUUGUAUCUUUUUUUACUGGAAUACUUUGGUAAUUCUAAUUUUCACUUUGAACAAGAAUGAAGUAGCAUUAGUCGACUGAUAUUUUGCGACUCACGUUUUUUAAGCGAAUCAUUGUUUCGAUGGUAGUUCUUGUUUAUAAAACGAGUCAUAGCGAUUGAUAGAAGCGGAGAUAUUUAGGACAGAGAUAAUUCAUUGAGAUUUCCUUACAUAUCAGCGAUGAUAUCGACUCUUUCCUUCUCUUAUUCUUUUUCAAAUACAAUAGAUCACAAUUGCGAGCCUCGUCGGUUUAGUGAGUGAUCUUUACAAUUUUUAUUCCCUGUUUCGUAUUAUCAAUUUAAUCACAUAUCAACGACGGAACAAGAUCAUUUUCAACGCUACAGGGAUCGGAAAUUUCUAUAAAAAUCUCUCGAGAAGAGGAAUUAAACUGGAAUCACGCGCAUAGAUUAAAUCGUUUAAUCUGGAGACAGGAUUUGAUGUUGUUAAAAAGCAAUUGGCAGGGCAUUUCUCGAGUGGGUCGAGGCUAAACAUACCUCUAUAAUCUUAGGUAAAUUACUCCGCGAGAACCGAAGGAGGAACGAAACAUAGAACUGAUGCUUGGACGGAAACGUGGUAUCAAAAUCGUGCUAAAAUUAAAAAAAAGAAAAAAAGAACGCUGUGCUACGAGUAUUACGAUCUCGUUAUCUCGCUUUUUCGCGAUCGAGACUGCGCGAGGCACGAGCGGUUUCUCAUUUCUCUUAAUUGCAUUAAGAACAACCAACGGACGAUAUAAUAAAUGAACCUCCAUCUAUACAUCACGUAAAUGAACAGAUUAAAUAUUUCGUCGGUUGCGUUGACCCAUCCGUAUGAUAACGUUGUUAGUUUAUGAGACACAGUCACGAAACGGUCUACGAGAGAACGCGUUUUCUUUAAAGUAAUAGUAAUAUAUUCUUGUUACUGAUUGAUUGAAAAUUUUUAUCUUUUUUCAAAUGGUGUAAACUGUCUCGUUGCAUCGAUACUCCCGAGUCGCCCGGCUCUCUGAUGUAAAUUGUAGCGGUAAAAAAUUCGUUAAAAACAAAUUACAUAUAUUCUAUAUAUAAAAAUUCUAUAUAAUGCGUGUAUAUACGUAAAAAGCGAACAUGCACGAGGGGCUGUGUUGCAUUUGAGAAAGGGGGGGACGAAGAGAAUGCACGUAUAAUUGCUGUUGAGCGAGGGAAUGAAAAGAAAUGUGUAUCGGCGACUGUUCUCGUGUUCGAAUAAUUACGCUGCCUUUCCCGAUGAAUAAAUCUAAAAGGAAGAAACAACCUAGUGAAAAUUACGCAGAAAAUAUGUAGAGGACGAGAAUUUUAACGAGCGUUCUCGCGGCUAAUAAUAAGUCAUGCACGUACACACAUUCACACAGGAGACACGUAUACAGGGAGAAUUGUAAGAAAAUGGGACAUGAACACACAGAAGCACGUUUGGCGACGGUUGCACGCCCAAUUUCGAUCGUGGUCGAAUAACUUUGAUUCGAAUUAAUAUCGUCACAGCCCGCGUAUGAUUAUUGUCACGAUUGUAUUAUUAUUAUUUAUGCGAGAUGGUUUGAACCGCUGCCUGAUUUCUAAAACGGUCGAUGUGAACACGUUAUCGUUUUAUCCCAUUUUAAAUGUAUACUGUAUAAUAAAAUUGUAAUAUAGUCGUUGGGCAAAUAAAGCUCGCUUUUCGAUAUA